AUGAACGGGGAUAUUGCUCAUUCUGAACCAGAACCUCCAAGCCUGCCGAGAAAAGUCACAAUACAUCGAGCUGCCGACGGUUACGGAUUUAAUCUUCACGGCGAAAAGGGCAUACAUGGACAGUAUAUAAGUGCGAUUGACGAUGGCAGCCCUGCCCAGAGGAAUGAUUUACGGGUCGGAGACAGAGUAAUUGCGGUGAAUAAUGAGGACGUCGAAGAUUUACCCCAUUCGAAAGUUGUCGAGCGCAUAAGAGCAGGGGGAAAUCAGGUUACAUUGUUAGUUGUUGAUGAACCGUGCGAUCAAUAUUAUAAGCAAAUGGGUGAGAAAAUACCGCAAGAUCGUUUUGUAACACCGACUGAGCGGCCAGCAGAACCUGCAGUUGAAGAGAACCAUGUUAGCGACGAUGUGGCGGCGGGAGAAGCCGUUGAAACGAUGGGCACAGACGGUGCGGAUAACGUUCAAAAUGUCGAACUCCCACCUGAACCCGUAGUUGUUGAAACGCCGAAAGUCGACGAGGAAGCCGCACAAGAAAUCGAAAAUGACGACGAUGGUUACGAAGAAGUUAUUCCUAAAACAACAACCACCGAGUCGAAACCUGCAGAAAUCCCAGCGGAAAGUCCUCCAGAAAUUGUGCAAGAAAGCAAACCGCCGGCCGAGGUCGCUAGCGCUACAACAACAACGACAACAACAACAACAACUCAAUUUUCGAACGGCUCGGGCACGGCUGAUCCAUCUUCAAAGCUCGACAUGGCAGCAGCGAGACCGAAACCCAAACGACACGAUGUUAAAAGAGCGACGCAGAAUUGGAAACAAAAAUACGACGAUUUCAAUAAACUAUGA